AGCUAUAAAUAAAUACGUUCGAUCGUUCCAUAAAUAUAUACUUCGUACUACGAACGUAUAAUAUGUCAACAAAGGCGGUGAGUGGGAACGGCGGCGAAAGAGUCCGGCCACAUUACCAGUGGCACAAAGUUCUAACCAUUCAUCUUCCUGGUUUUACAAAGGACAGUCUAAAGGUGGUUAAAAAGGGGGGGAACAAGUUGGAGAUUUGUGGGGAGAUGGGUUCGAAAAGGUUCCGGCAAGAUUUCACAGUUCCGGGAGGGUGUGACAUCCAUAAAGUCACAGCCAAGUUCCAAAAUGGAGUCCUCACCAUUACAAUGCCAUGUCAUGAUGAUGAAGCAGUGAACAAACCCGGGGGCCGUUCGCCUCCGGAAACAACAACUUCGGGGGAGGAACAAAAGAAGCCAACUACUCAUCCAUCCCCUGCCGCCGCCAACCCG